AUAUAAGCUUUAAUUCAGGUAGUACAUGUUUUUGAAUUAAAAAUUGUCAUAGAGUACAUUUUUUCUAUCACUUCAUUGUUAAAUCAAUAUAUUCUGCUUAUUGACAAGGUAGAGUAGAAAAAAUACAACCACAACAAUGGAUAAUUACAGAUCUAGCAAGGAACUGGCACAAUGCAAAACACAAAAUGUUGUAUUAUUCUAAAACGUCUAUUUUCAUACAUACAGAUAAACGUACACGUUUUGGUUUACAGACAGGUUGUUGUUGCAUUGUGGUAGGAGUCUUAAACAGAUCUAAUGCUAAUUUCUACUCAAUCUCAUGCAGGCUAUUACCUAAAAUAUUUAUUUUUAUUGUCAGCUUUAGUUCAAACUACAUUUGUUUAUUCAUUUGAGAAUUUUAGCCUGUUGAUUCAAACUUCAAAUCAAUCAUUAUAUUGUUCCAAUUUUAAGCAGCUCUGCAAAAGUGCGGCCUGCUGAGGUGCAAAAAUGCUUGCAAUUGUCUGGAGAAAAAUCUGUAAAAAUGUAAGAGUGUAGCUUGUUUUGAUACUUUCCAAUAUGAGUCACAAAUACUGAGGAUUCUUACACCUUUAACAAAGGUUUUCAAGCUGCAUAAUCAUGAUUCCCAAAUACUAACUUAUGACGUGUUAUCACAACUAAAUUUUCAGAUCUUAAGACAUUACUUUUUGUAACUAAUCACAGAAUUAUAAACUCUAAUUUAUAGGAACUGUCUUAUCUUCUCCCAGAGUUCUUGCUCUUCAAAUAAUAGGUAGAUGUUGAACUGCAGUGUCAGAACAUGGAGAAAUUAUGUUGAUUUUUAGUAAAUAACACAGAAGUGUUUUGCUUGUUCUUCUCAAGCCUAAAGAUCCCUGCUUCAUCAUUUAUUACAGUAUUCAUGCGUAUUUCUGGAGAUUCAAUAGUAAUGGGAAAUUUUAUUUGAGGUGGAUUUUGAUAUGAAUUCAGUCUCUGAUGCAAUUGCAUCAACAUCUCAAAGUUGGUGUUAGAAUGUGAAAGCAAAAAGCUCAUGAUGUUUUUCAUGUUUCAGAAGUAAAAACUUCCUGUGAGAAUGUGGUGUGCAGAGACUGCAUAAAACCAUGUGUGCCGAAGUCAUUGAUUACAGUAUUCUUUGAGAUGGACCACACAGCUUUCCUUAUUGUUGUUCUUCAGCUCUGUGGAACCCAUGCAGAAAGAAGGUUUGUGGAUUCAACUGUAAAACUUUCUGAGAAGAUGAAACUGGAAUGCAUAUAUCCAAAAAAAGCUGUGAUAAUCCAGACAUCCUGGAUGAAACAUUAUGUAACUUAUAAAGAAAAUAUAGCUGUCUUGCAUGCAAACUAUGGCAUACAUAUUGAAGACAAAUACAAAGGAAGAAUAUAUUUUGAAAAUGCUUCCAGGGAAGACAAGUCCUUAUCUUUCAUCAAGAGCACUUUGGAAGAUGUUGGUCUUUAUUUUUGCUCCAUUGCAUCUUACCCAGAUGGAACUUGGGAAAAGGUAAUAGAAAUUAUUCAGCCAGCUGAUUCUUUUGAAAUAUCUGAGAAACAAAAUAAUCCCGUGUUUACCAAGCCAGGAGGAAAUGUCACUUUUAUUUGCCAUUAUAACAGAAGAGAUUCAGUUCAGCAAGUGAUGUGGGAAAGGAUUAAAGCAGAUUGCAUAGAUACCAUUGUCCAGUGUAAUUCAUUAGGAGGGCAACGCUUUGGUGCAGAUUUUAAAAAGCGUGCACUGGUGGAUUGCUCUGAUCAAGCAAGCUCCAUGAUUGUCAUUAAAAAUGUUUCAGCCUCUGACUUUGCAACAUACCGCUGCAUGGCUACUGGAAGAAACAAAACCUAUGUGAUGAAUUUCACCAUGCUUGCAACUUGGGAUCACAAAUGGUUUAUUAUCUACAUAGCUGGAGGAAUAUCUGCUGCUGUUUUACUGUUAGUUUUCCUACUGAUUUUCUGCAUCACCACUGCUUAUGACAAAAAAAAGAAGAGAAAGAGAAUAACAGAGGCCUUAUUAAACCCUUUGUACUCUACUCAGACCAAGAGUGUUAAUGGUUAUGAAAGAUAUAAUUUUCAUACCCCAUGGAACAUAGGAAGAAGAGGCAAAGAAUCAUCACCCAAGCAGACAGAGGAGAUUUACAUCAACUGCAUAAACCUGAGGAAAGACCAUUAGCUUACUUCUUACAGCUGAAAUAACCAAAUUCAGGCAACAAAUUUGCAUGUUGGAUUUGCUUUGCUUUGCACUGGUGGGCUGCAGAAAAUUCAAGUCACCGUAGUAAGCACUGCCCAGGCUGCCCUGGCUGGACAGCAUUGGUCCCUGAGCCAGCCUGGAUGCGUCUGUAUUACAUGACAGUCUGCAGCAUCAAUGUAUCUUUUGAUUCAUAAGUUCAAGUGAAGAUUUUUUGUAUUUCUAAAAUUUAUUUAUUUAUUUUUUACCCAGUAAGUGUACUUAUAAUAAUUUUAGAACAACUCUAACAUACAGAACAGAGGUGAAUAUGUUUGCAUAACAUUAAUUUGGUCUGAGAAAUAAAUGUCUGAAAAAUCUAUGUGAAAAGGUGAAAAUGAAAAUAUGCUCUACGUUCUCUGUAUCCAUGACUUUCAAAUAUCAAAUUGAGAGCUUUAUGGAAUAAUAAAUAUCCAUUAUUUUCUGCAAAGGAUGUGUUAUUAUGCUGCUGGGCAAACUACUAUUCAGCUGGCAAAAGCAAAUAUAUCAGGGAUCCUUGAACCUAGAUUUAAAAGUAUGAACAGAAGCUUUCUAUCUGACAGCUGUGUGGUUUUACAGGCUUCUUGCACGUAACACAAUUAUUUCAGCACUCACUGUUUGGGGAUGGAAUAGAAAUAUAGCCCCUAGUCCAUACGCACACAGACACCUUUUUUUUUUUUUUCUUUUCUCUCUCUAAUGCCCAGAAGAAAGCAAAACAUGAAGACUCUGUCACUGUCAAGUUAUAUUUAAUAAUAAUUUAUUAUAAGCUUUAGUUGCACAAAAAAUAAAUGAGAUUAUGGAAGAUACAUGAAUAAAUGAUGCAAAGCAGAAAAGGCGUGAUUGGGAACAUUUACAAAACAAUACAUGUGUGGUUUUAUAUGUGCAUAUGUAUAUAUUCUGCUGAAACCUACAGAAUAAACCACACAGAAACUGAACAGACAAACAAAGAAACAAAAAAUCCUCAAACAAACAGCACUAGAAGGCAGACCUGAGAAUUAAGAUCUAUGCAUCUUAUGGCCUUUUACAAAUCUGCUGCAUUACUGAGGAUGGAAUCCCAGUAGAUGAAGGUGCUACCAUGACGGCUGAUAAUCAGAUGUGUCUGUGUUCUACAAACUGUAUGCCUCCUGGCCCACCUAUGUCUGAUCCCCCUUUUCUCUUGUAGCAUUAGUAAAAGUGACUUAUUUGUUAUUUUAUUAUUAUUAUUAUUAUUAUUUAGAAAGGGGUUGGGGGAAGGCAUUAUUAGUCUGCUACAAACCAGUUCUACUUGGUUGGCUAAGAAGGAGCAUCAACAGCCUGACAGUGAAAAGCACAUUUGUGUAGCUCUCUGCAAAUUGAAAGCUUUCCUCACGCACAAAGGAAAAUACAAGUCUAGGUUCUUUGGACAAUAAUGAGGACACAAGGCUUGUCUGAACUAUUUGAGUGACAAUAGUGUUGUACAGUUAUCCUAUGCUUCAGCUAAAACUCUAAAAAAUUAAACCAAAGAGUCCUUCGACCUGGCAUUCAAGAUUUAAAUUCUUUUACAAUGUCAUUACAAUAUCAUUAGAAAACAUGUCAUUUUGGUUUUGUGUACUCCUGAACAAGAACACAUACACAUUACAAGGUAUAUAUUUUUGCUUUCACUUAUUGAAGGUUUUCAGAUAUAUAAAUGCUUGCAUGUGAAGUUGAUGAGGACACACAGAACUGUACUAUUAAUAAGCUGACUUAUUUCCUGAGAUAUCAUAUGUCAUAUCACAUAAUUCUAAGUUGUGCACAGCAUUACAAGAAAAACCCUGUAACAUUGGGUUGUUUAUUUGAUGAUUCCAUUUAUAUUAAAAUGCCAAAAUGAUGAUGUAAUGAAUUUGAUUACAUUGAAGAUCUCAGUUCGAAUCCUAAUACAGAAAUAUACAUAAGCCAAGAAGUUGGCAUUGUUUCUCUGCUUGUAGAGACAUUCAAAAUACAUCCCUACUUUACUGAGGGUAAAAAGAGGGGAGAGGUGGAGGUUAAGUAUCUAUAAUACCAGAUUGCUUGGAUUAUUUCUGUUACUGUCCUCAUUUCUUGCCUCCCCUGUUGCUUUUAGCUUGUCUGCAUGCAUUUUUUAAAAAUAAUUAUUUUUGAGAUUUGAGAAAGAAAAAAAAAAUAUCUACUUCACAUCUUUGCAGGUAUUUAAUCUGGUUUAAUUCAAAUUCCAUAGACAUAUUACUUUUACCAAGAUAGUCCACAGGGAAAAUCACAUCACACAUAGCAUAAUAACAAUAUAUUAUUUUUCUUUCAAAAAACAAACCCAAAACAACAGCUUCAUUUUUGUACCAUUGUAAUAUCAGUGAACAGCAGCUGAACAUGAGACUGAUAAAAACGAAAACCAAAAAGAAAGAAAUCAACUAAACCUCAUCAGUUUAGUAAAGUAUGCACACACACACACAAAAUAAAAUAUCCAAAAGUGUCAUUUGAAAUGUGAUAUUAAAACUCUUUAUAUGUGUUAUGAGUCUGACAGAAUGGGACCUAGAAAAAGCAUGUUUGCUGUGACACAGUUUAGAUUAUGUAAAUUGGCUUUCCAGUGUAAAAUAAUAAAAACUAUUGUUUAUUUGUGUUUCUUUUCAGGAUUUUCCAUAGAUUUCCCAUUUUCUUUGGGAAAAUUUUAGUUCUUUUUGUGUAAACUUAACUAUAAUUUGGAAAUAUUAUUUUAAAAGGUUACUGUGGUAUUUCAUUCUGUAUUGCCUGCUCAAUAAGUUAAAAGGGAAAAAAAAUCAAGGAAAUAACAUGACACAAAUAUGGACAGCAACAAGGUCAGAAUACUAUUUGAACUGUAAGAUAGUUUUGUCUUUUUUGUUGUUUUAAAGCCUUAUAAACUUUCCUCAAAGGCAACAAACAUAAUAAAGUAUGUUUUC